GAAAUAUCAUCAAGGCAAUCAAUUCGCAGGCUGUAUCAAUCAUAAGGUAUGGAGCAGGGGUAAUUGCAUGGACAAAAGAAGAACUAAAGGAAGUGGGCAGAAAGACAAGGAAGAUACUUACUAUUUAUAAGUGCUUCUACCCGAGAGAUGAUGUGGACAGGCUAUAUUGGAAGAGGGUUGAAGGAGGAAGAGGAUUGCAGAGUGUGGAAGAUGUUGUAUAAAUUGAAAAAUGCAGCCUAGGACACUACCUCACCAAGACAGAUGAAGAGUUCUUAAAGGAGGUCAAGAUAGAAAACAUUUUCAAGGAAGAAGAAGAUCCAAAAGAAAGGAAGAAAACCAUCAUAAAUAGAAGAAAAGAAAGUUUCCUUGAAAAGAAGUACAUCCUGUAUUUUGGAAAGGAACAAAGGAGAUAAGAGGUGAGGAAGCAACAUGGCAAUGGUUAAGGAAGGGAACACUAAAAAAGGAAACAGAAGGAAUGAUCCUAGCAGCCCAAAACCAAGCCCUCAGAACCAAAUGGAUGCGACACCAUAUUGAUAAAGAGUUCGAAAUUUCAUCGGACUGCUUGGAACG